GGCUUUUUGCUUUUUGCUACUUCCCCGCAACUAAACUAAAGUGAGUUGUCGCUUCCUUAAAGACAGGUCAUAAGCUUCUCGCAGCCUAUAGACCUGUCUUCUGCACCGAAGACUUUCUAGUCAUUCGUUACCCACUUCAUCCGCAUAUCCCGCCCUCGACUCCUUCAUACCGAUCGAUAAUCACCAUGGCAGACGAGACCUGCGCAAAUUGCAAGAAGACGGCCGCUUCUGCUAAUCUCACCACGCUCAAAGCCUGCGCAAAAUGCAAGACCACCCAAUACUGUGGCCGCGACUGCCAGAAGGCCGACUGGAAGACGCACAAAAAGGUCUGCGCCAAGAAUGCUGCUGACGCGUUCGUUGGAGCCAAUACCGAGCAUAGCACCAAUUACUCUGCUGGCCGUUUGAAGGAUCUCGAAAAGCACGUGUCGAAUCCGUUCACGAGGCUUGACCAGGGCAAGUACCUACACGAUCGCCCUGAGACGGACGUGUUCAAGCUUCUCAUCGACUCCUUCCGCAUGCGCCAGGCAGACGACCUCAACCUUGAGAACAAAACUACGCCGCGUAGUGUCUAUACUGGCGCGUCGAGCAGCAUCGAGCCCUUCCGACAAUACCUCGCCAAGGCAGCUACUCGUCCCAACCUUCUGCCGCCUUGGUGGACCGCGGACAAACAGAAGGAGUGUGAGGCGUUUGGCGAGAGCGGUGCCUGGAGCGAUUUGAGAAAGAAGGUCACCAAGCAGGAGAUGAUUCAGCACUACGGUGAUGAUAAAAUGCCCAUGCAGGUGCGAAUGCUGGCUGAAGCAGUGUAUGGUGCGGGUUCCAUGGGCCAGAGUGGCGCGGGUAUGAGACAGGUCCUGAUGCAGAUGGAGAAGGGUGGCCCAGGUAACGGCCAGGUCAUGAGCAUGAUGAAUCUCGCUCGUUAAGAUGUCCUGGUUAGAAAGUAGUAGUCAUUGUUGUAUGCGGGUACUGGUCCUUGACUUAGAUCUUCGCGUGUUUGUGCUAUAGUCGGUUUAUGAUUGCCCUGGCAGAUGAUUGACGUGUUGGAAAUGUGCCGUUGGCUGCCAUCAGCUGCUAUAUUCUUCAACUAGUGGACGGUCCAUAAGCUUUCGUGUGGAACAUGUUGAAACGAGGUUUCGCGGUUGUUGGCUUUGUUACUCCACAGAAUGAUCGCUUCCUCGCGUUCAAAGCUGAUGCGGCCGCUCUUCUCUGCAUCUGUUCUGUCAAAACCGAAUCUAAUCCCGGAGUCGUAAUGGCGAAUGUCUCUGGGCGGAAUCAUGGAUGAUUCCAAACGUACACCAGUGAAGAUUACUUGCUAUCUUCAUGGCCUCUCAAUCCCUCUUGUUCCCCGAUGUAUGGUCUUUGU